AUGCCCAAGGCCAAGUCUACGGCCACUCAAAAGCCCGCAAAGGCGGCGUCUGGAAAGACCAAGGCCGCACGCUCGACCGCCGGCACAUCCAAGUCGGCGCCCAAACUGUACUCGACCUUUGCCGCUCUCCCCCUCGACCUCCCAUCGCCUGUGCCCAUCGCGUCCUCUUCGCGCUCGGCUUCGGCUGCGUCGACCGCGACCCACUACCUCUUUGUGCGCCCGCACAACCCCAAGGCGGGUGCCGCUACCGAGGACGAGCUCCGCACGGUGGGCCGCACGUUGUUCGUCGCCAACGUCCCUGCCGACGCUGCUGAGCGCGACUUGCGUACCGUGUUCGGACGGUGGGGUGUUGUCGAGAGCGUGACCAUCACAGCAGAGGGACAGGGCGGAAAUGUCCUUGAGCAGGCCGUGCGUGGCAUUGAGGAGAGCGACGACGAGGACAGCGACGACGACGAUGAGGACGAGGACGAGGACGAGGUCAAGGAGGGAGAGGACGACAAGGCUGAGCCGACCUUUGUUGGCAAGGCCGAGCCCAAGCUCCCCCGCUCCCAGCGCAAGAGGAGGAAACCCAACACUCUCCCGCCCUCGGUUCCCGAUGUCACCCCUCUGCCGGACCUGUGCCCACGGUCGUCGGCCUUUGGCUCCAGUGGCGGUCGCAGCGCUCGCGUCGUGUUCGUCGACGCCGUCUCAAUCUCCCGCGUCAUGGCCCACAACAGCACCGAGCACAUUUCGCUCGCUGCGUACGGCUCCGAGGAGCCUACCGGUCUUGCCUUCUUUGAGGCACAGUAUGCCGCCCUCCGCCCUCCCCUCGCCAUCGUAAAGGCGCACGCCGACACGAGCUUGGCGCGUUACGAUCACCUCCACUCGCUCCUCCUCGCAUCCCGCGCCAAGGCUCACGGCGCCGGUGCGCUUGUCGACGAGGAUGGCUUUACCGUUGUCGUCCGUGGCGGUCGCUACGGUCGUACUGCUGGCCGUGGCGGUGACCCCAGCGGCGCCGGUGUGGCCGUUGCCAGCCGCUCGGCGGCCAACGACGCUGCUGCCAAGAAGAAGGGCAACGGUGCCGGCCCGCUCACCGACUUUUACCAGUUCCAGAAGGUCGACCGCAAGCGCAAGGAACUGGCCGACAUGCGCGCGCGCUUCGACGAGGACAAGAAGAAGGUCGAGGCACUCAAGGAGAGCCGCCGUUUCAAGCCCUACUAG